UUUUGUAUUUCCUUUUAUGACCUACACUACAAGUGAAGAAGGGAAGCCGAAAAACAAAGAUCCCUCAAUUGUUCUUGAUGCCUUUUUAGAUGAGGAAGGGGAUACAACAAUAGUUAACAAAAAACAAAAAAGAAGCUUCUUUGAAAGACUCGGACUGAAAAAGAAACAGAUUGCACCAAGCACUAUAACUAAAGACCAUCUUGAUUAUACAGACGAAGAAGAAUCUGAAGAAGACGAGAACAGUAUGGAAUCUACCGAAGAAGAUAACAUAGUACCUCAGACAAGUAUCUCAACACCAACAGCAAAGCCUCAUCAAUAUAUUAAGACAAAGACAAAAUACAAGAAACAAAACCAAGAGUUUUCGCGCCUUAUGCUUGCACAAGUCAUAUCCACCAGCGACCCUCCUCCAGAUGAUCUUGGAGACAAUAGCCCCUAUGGUGCUAUCUGGACACUUCGAUUUAACAAGGACGGUCAAUACUUAGCUUCUGCUGGUCAGAGCUGUACUGUACUCGUCUGGAAAUUACAAACAACUGAAAAUUCAAUUCAAGCACUGGAUGAUACUCCCUAUAGAGAAUACCAAGGACACACAGCAGAUAUAUUGGAUAUUGCAUGGUCAAAGAAUGAUUUCUUGCUGUCAAGCUCCAUGGACAACACAGUAAGAUUAUGGCACGUCUCACAAAAUGACUGUCUCUGUGUAUUCCAACACCUAAACUUUGUCACUUCCGUCAAGUUCCAUCCCAAAGACGACCGCUUCUUUCUGUCUAGUUCGAUGGAUGGUCGUAUCAGGAUCUGGAGUAUACCUGAAAAGCGUGUAGCAUUCUGGAAUGAAGCACCAGGAUUCAAGCACGUUACGGCCGUCGGCUUUACCCUCGACGGUAAGACGGUAAUCGCUGGUUCUGAUGAUGGAUAUUGUUACUUUUUUGAAACCCAAGGCUUGAAAUAUAACACACAGAUAUCUAUCCAUGCUAAAAAAAACAAGAAAAAGGGACCCAAAGUGACCGGGAUUGAAGUCAUGCCAGGCAUGCCUCCAACUGAAGAAAAGAUCUUAAUUUCCACAAAUGAUUCUCGAGUGAGACUGUUCAACAUGAAGGACAAGAGUCUCAUCUUUAAGUACAAAGGUAUUCUAAACACCAAUCUUCAGAUUAAAGCUACUUUUAGUGACGACGGCUACUACAUCAUUUCUGGAUCUGAAGACUGUCAUACCUAUAUCUGGCGAACUGAACAAACCAAUCUCUCAUCUCAUCUUGUUGAAGAAUCAGCGCUAGGCGAUCUAACACUUCAUAUGCCAACGCAAUCACACAACUCAGGCCUGUCGAAAUGGCUAAAGAGAAGAGACGAUGAAUCGAAAAAUAACCAUAAAAGCAACAGCAAGAAUCAAACUGAAUACUUUGAAGCUCAUGAUUACACUGUGACUGCAGCCGUCUUUGCGCCUGCAAAAGCACGCCAAGGGUUCAAAAAAACAAACACACGACGACUCUCUGCUGCGAGUGAUAUGACACAAGAACAAGAAGGACACAUCAUCGUCACGGCUGAUCAACGUGGUUGGAUCAAGGUAUGGCGGAUUGUUUCUCAUGACGAUAAACCUUCCAAUACUCGUAAAUUGCUCAACAGUACAUCUACGAUGAACAGUAGUAGUAGUAGUAGUCAUGGCAGUAGUAGUAGACAAAAAUAA